CCUCCCUCCUUCCUCCUCCACCUCCUGCAGUUGUUGUACUGCUGUUGGCUUGUAAACAUGGCCACUGCCGGAGCAACUGGCGACGACCUGAGGAAAGAGCUCACAUGUGCGAUUUGUUUGGACUUCUUCAAAGACCCUGUUAUACUGAAAUGCGGGCACAAUUUCUGUCGGUUUUGUAUCUGCAUGCACUGGGAUGAAAAUGGCGGAGACUACGGCUACCAGUGCCCUCAGUGUCGAACGGUGUUCAACAAGAGGAGUUUCACCAAAAACUACCUGGUGCAGAACCUGGUGGCCAAACUGGACGACCUGGAGUGUCUGGGGUCUUGUCCCACACCCUCCAAGCCCGUUAAAGUAGAUGGAAAGUGUGAACAACAUGGAGAAGAGCUGAAACUGUAUUGCCAGACUGAUAAAAGGCCCAUCUGUGUAGUGUGUCGGGAAUCUAGAUCACACAGGCACCAUGAGGUGGCACCAGUACCAGAAGUUGUAAAUGACAUGAAGAUGGAGUUAAAGCUGAGGCUAAUGGAGCUCAACUGGCAGAAGUCUCAAUGUGUGAAAGUUAUAACAACUGAUGAGCGCACCAAAAGUGAAGUGAGGUUGAAGAAAAAGAGACUCAAGGAGAAGAUCGAGGCAGAUGUUGGUGCCUUGGUCCAGUUCUUGCUAGAUGAGAGAGACUCCCUGCUUGAGAGCCUGGAUGCUGAGGAAGUCGCCACCAUGGCCGUCAUAGAUGACAACCUGAAGACGGUGGAGACAGAGGCGGAAGCUGUGGACAAAGCCAUAGCUGAUAUCCACAGCCACAUCAGUGGGAAAACCAGCUUUGAGAGCCUUGCUGAGACAUUCAAUGAAGUUAUCCAUUGCAAGCCUUUCACAUCUCUGGAUCCAGUUAAUUGUCCGACUGAAUUUACAGACUUCUCAGGGCCCUUCCAGCUUAUUAUGUGGAAGAAGAUGAUGCAUGUGCUGCAUACCAUGCCUCAGAACCUCACCCUGGACCCAGACACCGCUCACCUAAACCUGCUUAUCUCAGACUUUGACACCAAAGUGGAGGAGGGCCGUGUUCGUAACCAGGAGCCAGACCUGCCAGGCCGCUUCACCCGCUUCUGUGGUGUCCUUGCCACAGCCCAGUACGCCAGUGGCCAGCACUACUGGGAGGUGGAUGUGAGAGACAAAGGUGUGUGGUACCUGGGAGUCACCACUGAGUGCAGCAACAGAAAGGGCUUUGUCAGCCUCACACCCUCCUCAGGAUAUUGGAGCCUGUGUCUGCAGGACCGGCUGUAUGCCAAUGGGGAGGACGGGCGCAUCCCAGUUGCUGACUACUGGAACUCUCCCCGAGUCGGUGUGUACCUAGACUAUGACAAUGGGCGUCUUAGUUUCUAUGACGCCGUCACAAUGAAGAGACUUUACAUGUUUGACACUUGCUUUGAAGAGCCUGUCUACCCUUUCUUCAGCCCAGGGAAAAAUGAUCCAGGCAGCAGGCUGCAGAUAUGCCACUAUUACUGAGAGAACAGUGACGAGUGUUUAUUUUAACUAUCUAACAGUAAACUCAUGUAUGCCAGUGUUUUUCAGAUUUGCUGUUAGCAGGGUUUAAGGUUGACCCUUGGAGAAAUGUAUUGUAUGCAUUUGAGCCGUUACUUGUUGGUCUUACUGGUGUUACAAAAUGAGGGUUACGAUGAAUAAGGAUCACCAGGUGUCUAAUCACGCUGGUUGGAAUGAAGAGCUUCAUUUCUCUCAUGUUUUGAGGUUGAAAAUUUGGAAUUUUUCAACAUAGACACACACACUGUAGGCUUAUACCCCUUGACUGCUGUGGCUGGGGGUCUGGAGAGGUGCUUUGCUGUCUAUAUCACUGUGUCUGCUGGGAUACAGAUGCCUCAGAUGCUCUUGUUGAUUAGGGCAUAUACAGCUCUUAUCCCAUUAGCAACUGCUAUGCUAUACUACUGUACAUAAACUCAUUGGCUAAGUUUUUGCCAGGCACGGUUGGUGCUCUUGCCUUGUUGGGUAGAACCUGAAGGAAAUAUGAUGUAGUUAUCACAUUGAUAGUUGUUGACAGUUAAGAUUCCCUCAUUGAUUCUAGACUGAAGAACAGUCGGUCAUUGCUGAUAGUUAUCAGACUGAUUUGACUAAAACUGGCCAGCUUUCACUGGGAUUUCAGCUCAGUGACUAAACUUCCAGGAACUAAUGGCUCAGGUUGUUUUGUUUUGUGGAUGUUUAAUAUCAGUAGAUAAUAAUUCUAUCAUCUGCCUUUUAAAAUCGUCUUCAUGUAUCCUCUUUUUUUAUUAUUCUAUACAUUGUUGACUUUUUUGUUAAAAAUUCCUCUGUAUAUUGCUGAGUCACAUUUUGGAGCUUAUUUUUUGAGCAGUGAUACUCAUGGCACAUUUAGCUUUGUCUGAGAUAUUUUAAAAUCUGAAACAUUUUUAUCAGUCUGCUUCAAAAUGAGAAGGUGUAAGACAAAGCAAAUGUUUUUUUCAAAUAUUCUUAUGACAAAUUAUUAAUCAUCAUUAAUCAGUUAAUCAGCUACGUCCCCAAAUAUAUCAAUGGGUGAUGCUGUAGAUGUGUUUUACUGUAAAAGACAUUCCACUACUGUCAGGAUUCACAGACAAGAGCCUGGUAGAAUUGACUAAAAUGAAAACCCGUGGAAUGCUGAAUGAAAGUUUUAUUACAUGUUAUUUUUUUGUUUGCUUUUGCAACAGCAUUUCUCUGACUAUAUUCCAUUAAUUAAUCCUUUCUCAGUUUAUUAAUUGCUAUUUGUUGAGUUGGUCCUGGUGCUGCAAGUUGGUCCUAACAGUUUUAGGUCUCUUAUCCAACUCGGUCCAGUGUGAUCUUUAUUUUCCAUUAUUUUUGAUUAAUUAAUGCCAUUUUAUUCAAUUUUGAAUGUAAAAGUACAUGUUUCAUGCUAAUUAUAUAUAUUUUCUUUCCUUUAUAAAUGUAUGAUUUUUUUUUUUUUAACAUUUUCUUAUUUGAGCUAAUAAUUUUUAUGGUUCUUUAUUUUUGCUUGUACAUUUCCCCUUAGUGUUAAGGACCAACAAGUGGGAUGUUUGCCAUCUUACAACAUUGUACUUGUGUUGAUGUUAUUGAGGAGCAUAGUAGAAACAUUUAAGAACAUUGAUGAGUGAUGAUAUUUGAGAAUGGCCUUUCCUGCAGUAAAUCUCAAGAGGCUCCUUAUAUCUGUUUUCAUUCAGACGUCUAAGAUGUUCACGUUAGAACUGCAAAACUCUGUUCUUUAACUUUGAGUAUUUGCAGAUGAAUGUUUUGUCUAAGAUGCUGUACCUCAUUUAAUACCUACAUACAUUUCACCGCUGAAUUUCAUUCGUGUUCAGCUUUGCCGUUUUUGGACUGUCUUGAUAAAUGUGACAUGAUGUGACAAUCUUGGUAACCUGUCUGUGACCCUUUCACCUGCUCUUAAUGUGCUCAGUGUUUCUCAGAGUUUACAAUGAGAUUAAAAGAGGUAAAAAGACUAA